CUAUUUCAUUUCAUUUCAUUUUAUUAUUGUACACAAGAAAAAGAAGAAUAAAAAGAGUUUCUACCUACCUACAUAAAAUAAAGAAAAGAAAAGAAAAGAAAAGAUUCCAUUGUUUGUCAUGAGCGACAUUACAGAUUCAGCAUGCAUCACAAUAGUUACCGAAUACUUACUCAACAACUGCUACAAGAAUACAGCAAAGGCACUUCAGUUUGAAACCAACAAACUCGCCGCCCGUAGUGAGGAUCUCUCUGGACAAGCACCAACCAAAAGUACCUUGAGGCGGGAGAUGAAAAACAAAGAUAGGAUGGAAACUGAAGAGAAACCAGAAAAUCUUAAAGGGAACAAAAAUGAGGAACCAAAGUCAGCAAGAGCAUCAAGAAGUCAGGGAGAUAAUACAAGUGACGCUAUGGAUACUGAAGAAGACGAUCCAUCUUGGAAACUGCUCGAUGCAAGAAAAGAUAUCUAUGACAGUAUUCUGGCGGGUAACAUCGAUCGUGCGAUCCAAGACAUUCGAUUUAAUUUUCCUAUAAUGGCCCAAGUUAAUCCGACUGCUGAAGAACCAUCUUACUAUGAGAUAUUGAUGUACAAACUAGCUUGCCAAGAGUUUGUCGAGAUCGUACGGUCAGGAGAGGAACUAGAGGCUAUCAAAUUUGCCCACACCCACCUGGGCACCAGGCACCAAACUCUGCAAGAGAUCAUCACCAGAGUGUCUCCAUUGAUUGCCUAUCAUGAUCCGACCAACUGUAGUUCAUCGUACCUUUUUGACCAUGAACAACGCCAGGCGCUAGCUGAUGAGGUCAAUAUGGCCGUCCUAACUCUGUCAGGUUUGCCGACCGAAACAGCAUUAGAAAAGUUAUCAAAACAGCACAACGUUGUCAAAGACACAUUGAACCAAAUGAAAUUUGAAGAUCCAGCAAAAGACCCUAAUUCUGAUCGAAAAAUGUCCAUGUAAAAUAAUAAUGGCCAUGUCUGUUGAGUUCUCAAAACACUCUUUUAUAUAUUUCUUUAAAUAAUAUUCUUAAUUUCUUACCUUUAUACAAAGAUAGAAAGGAUAUAUCUAUCUAUACACACUUAUUUACUUUGCACAAGUUAAUUUUUGCCUAUAAAUGAAAAACAAAAACAAAAUAUGGUUAAAUAAUGUUGGUUUGUUAUAUCGUUUGCAAAAAUUUCGAGUAUAACCAACAUAUCUAUCUAUUCAUUAUAUCAAUAGGAAUUCUUUGUAAUCUGUUCAAUUGAUAAUAAAACUUUGGAUGUCAGUUGUCUGGUUAAUCGAUUAGAUUAAUUAAGGUAAAAUCAUGAAACACAAACUUGAUCUUCGUAACACCCAUGAAAGAUCUCUAGAAUUAUGUUUUUUUUUCUUGUUUUUUUUUUGUUUACCACAUCUGUCAAAAAAAAAUUGACAUUCCGAGGAUUGAACAGAGUGAAUUACAGAAUUCUAUGCAAAUUUAUUUAAU